GAUCAUGAUUAUGUCAACACACUUGAAACCUUAACAACUGUUUUAAACAUUAUCAGUAUUUUAUCCUUGUUGACCUUGUUUGUGCUUUACAUGAUAGUUCCCGGAUUACGCACACUCCCUGGUUUGAAUAUUAUGAACACAACUUUUUCUCUUUUUUGUAUGCAAAUUACUUAUACAGUAGCAAAUGUUUUACAAAGAUCGACUUUGCUUUGUAAGAUAACAGGUGUUAUUUUACAUUAUUUCUGGCUUUCCCUUUGCUGUUGUCUUUUCAUCUGCUCUUUUCAUAUGUUCAGGACCUUUUCAAGGUACACACAGAAUGCAAGUAAUCGUGGUCAAAAUAUAAGAGCUACUUUUACUUUUUACGUUUUCUUUUGUUAUUUUACUCCCUUUAUAAUUAUCGGUGUUAAUAUAACUUUCACGUUUGCUUUACAAGGGAAGAUCGGAUACGGGGAAUACUUGUGCUUCGUUGAAAAUUUCAUUCAAAACAUUGCCACUUUUAUCGCCCCCUUAACUGUUACUUGUACGGUUAAUAUUGUCUUGUUUAUUUUUACUCUUCUUAACAUCAGAUUUGCUAAAAACAUCCGGAAAUCGAAAGAAAACAAAUCGGAGCUCCUUAUUGCAAUCAAACUAUUCAGUCUGACUGGAACAGUAUGGAUUCUCCAGGUGUUGGAUGGUCUUUUGCAGAUUUCAAUUUUUUCCUUUAUUGUUACUUUUCUGACGUCUUUACAAGGCUUCUUCAUUUUUUUGAGUUUUUCUAGUUCUCCAGGAAUUUUGAACUUCUUAAACACCUUCUUUUGCAAAAGAAAUAAUAACCAAAUGGGAGAAGGAGAAAUUAAAUAAGUAGCUUCAAAUGGUUGUUUACGAGGAAUUG